AUGCAGGUCUUCAGUCUUUGUGUCGUUAGUGGAUCUGCCUCGGCACUUCAGUGCGGAAUUGACGAUGCGUCUAAAAUGAAUGGAGCUCGCCUGUCGCGCUGUUUGGCCAACUUGGACCUUCAAUCCCGCGAGUCCCGGUCUAUCUUUGAGGGGUCAAACGAGAACCGAAAAAUGUCCACCGCCUCGACGACGAAGAAAUCCAGCAAGAGGGAUGAGUAUACCUCCCAUGCUUGCACUGAGUGCCAGCGACGCAAGGUUAAAUGUUCUGGACAGUCGCCAUGUCAUAACUGUCUUGGGAGAGGUGCUGAAUGUUCCUAUCAAGAUAUCUCGAAUGGAUCGAGUAAGAGGAAGCGAAAACAAUCUUCGUCAAAUGCAAAUAAAAGACGAGCUGUUCCGUCCUCAAGUCUCUCCACCUCUGCGUCAGACGAGACUGCACUGCUCAAGGAGCAACUUCGACGGUUGCAACAAGGAUUGGAUACCUUGAUGAUGCAGCAAUCACUCAGCUUCGACUUUCUCACUUCGCACAACACGCCAUCAUUGCCGAACCAGACGGGUAUCUCAGCACCCUCACCAGAUGAACCGCCUCUCACAUCCAGUCAAUCAAUCGAAGCAUUUGAACCACGGAGCACGACACACAAUGAUGAAGAAGAGUCACCGAACUCUUGUCAAGAACACCGUCAACCAGAUGAGCUCACCUACGCCGACACCGACACCUUUGUCCCCGGGAGUAGAUGGCUCAAUCGAUUCGCUGUUGCUUCACAGAUCUGUGAUCUACGCUCCAGUGUCGGAGCAGGUCCUUUCCUCCCAAGCACGACUCUCCCAAAGAGCUGCACCGUUAUCCUUCCUUGCCCCAAGGACUUGUCGCAGGCAAUCAAGGUCGGUCUGGCUGGUGCCGACUGCUUCUUUCCUUCCAUCCACGGGACGAGGCUAGUAGAGGCGAUUUCAGAGACCCUCAAGGCACUGAGCUACUCUUCUACAACCCAGUCGGUAGUUGUGACUGAGCCGCAUCACUUGGUGAUAUCAAUUCUUCUCGUCAUCAUUGCAGCUGGACAAAACCUGGACGAUACGAUUUGCCCCGAUCUGGAUCUUGACAAGGUGUGGCCUGGCUCGGAAGCUUAUUGGCAGAGUAGGAAGCUCAUGCAGCACUUUGAAGGAGGCGGCAGUGAGCUGCAAACAAAUUGUGUCAUCUAUCACACCUUCUCCGCAGCGUAUCUCCUAGCAGCAGAGAGGUUACGUCUUGCCUCCACCCACGUGCUCAACGGUCUUCAUUCAGCAGUUAGUCUAGGAUUAGGCCAAAGCCACGGAUAUCCGACAUCCUCUGAGGACAUUGUAGAUCCCCUGGCACUAUGGGUCACUCUCGACUUCCUCGACAAGCGCAUCACCCAGAAAUGCGGCAUCCCAUACUUUGUCGGAAACAGUCUUGGGCAUGUGGAUUUUGAGCAUGAAACCAGCGCUCACAUCGACCUGAAGAGCAAGACAUAUCUGAAGACAAUGUUUAGCCAUGCCAGGCUCUGGGCAUCAGUGUGGGACGGGUUUCUGGCUCCGAAUGCCCCGAUGGCGAGCGAUUGGGUUGAGAUCCAAGCAUUUGAUGCAAAGCUCCUAGCCCUUAGGGAGCAAUACCCCGACAUCUCAUCAUGGAACGGAGAAGUGGACAACACCAUUUUGAAUUCUCCUUGUGAGCUAGAAGAUCGACGGCAUCUUCUUGUUUUUCUGCGAUAUCAAUCUCUCAGACUGAGUAUCCGCCAAAGGACGUUGAUUCCCCCAGAGACAAAUGCUCGAAGGGUAGCAUCUUGCUUGAGAAUUUCCAUCGAGUCUUUGGAUGCCAUGAGCCAUUACCUAGACAGCUGGGGCGCAAACCCGAAUGCCGGCUACAUACUAACUGCUUCUCUGGUCGAGUCCAUAUACUAUCUAACCCUUGGAUACCGCGAAGGUGUUUCUGUGCUUGACGUUGAAGCACUUCCACUGGCGCUCCAUCGAGCCGGUAGCAUGCUAGAGUCUCUGUCUGCCACAAUCGUGUCCGCAGCUAGAGCCUUCAAAGCCCUGCGAUGCGUGCUGAACUUUGACUUUAAUGAUUCACGUCCAGACUAUGACCUGAUAUUUCCACUCGGGGGCUAUUCAGAGUCUGACAUGAACUUUGCAAUGGCAGUUGACCAGGUCGAUUAUCCCUCGAGCACAGAAACAUUUGACUUUUCAAAGAGCUUUAACAGCAUGAUUCCAAACCCCAUGGCAGAACGUGGCCUUGAGGUCAGCUUAGGAUUAGCUGAGAUGUUCACUGAGAUAGAGGCUAGAUAG